ACCCGAGUACUGAGACCGCCGUCAUCGCGUUCGACAAGACGACUUCAUUUUUUCGGACGCGUCUGUGGCGUGGGAAUGUUCUCGGGUCCACUUUUUAUUCUGUCUCCUGACAUGUGAAGCAGCCCCCUUUGACUACGACAAACAGAACGUCUACCACGACUGAUUCAACAUUUCGAAAGAUACGAAUAGAACUCGUUCGAAAAGAGAAUCAUUUCUUCCCUCUUCCCAUAUCCAACUGCACCUUUGGCCCUCUACCCGAAGGAAUUUAUGAAACCGACCACCCUCACUUCAUGCGAAAGCCAAUGACACUCGAUGCUCUCUGCCGCUACGGAGAGAAGGAUUACACCAACGAUCGUCCCAUUCACUUCGUCGCCCGCAUCCAUGGAUAUAAACGCCGUGAUCCCAAUGCACCUCGUUUCACAAUCAAGAUGGCAGUUCACGUCGAGUUCGGCAAGGGUAGCUGUCCGGAUGACGUUAAGACGGAUUUGAUCAAAGAGGCCACUUUCCAUGCGACUAACCUCAAGCACCUGCAAGAGAAGAUCGUUCCUAUCCAUUAUGGAAUAUGGACGGCGGAGACGACUUGGGGUGGUACGGUUGUCUGUUCUAUCACAGAACACCGUGGUGUUCCGUGGCGUAUUGGUGGACCAUACGACACGCCUGAGAACAGGAUGGCAUUGGUGAAUAUGAUGCAGGAUUUGCACUGUUCAGGAUUCUACCAUGGGCAAUUAGGCGCUGGAAUCAAACAUCAUCUUCUGUGGGACCCGCGUCGUAACCAACCUCUUAUCAUUGAUUUCAAGGACGGGGAGCUUAUUCCGUGCAACCACAAACUACCCUUAACCACCAUGGAAUCCAAUGGAUGAUAUGUUCUGAGCUCGUAGAGGUGGGAAUGUAUUUCAAGCUGUGGGGAAAUAAGAAGUGUAUGGAUUCUUUCCAAGUACAACCUGACUUGCGCUGAGAGACUUAUUGUUUUCGCAGUCAAAG